UUCUCUCAAGAAACCUCAUAAAAAUAAUCCAAUAGUUUCCCCUCAUAUAUCUCGAAUGAACCUGGUUUUUGACACUGCGUUUCUGGAAGAGAUUGAUCGUAGUUUUCAAUGGACGGAGAAGAAGAACGAGCCAAACAAUCUUCCCAGAGGACCCCUUUCACCGAACUCAACCAAGUGAGCGCGGAUUUCAUUCUAGCCAUGGCUAUGCAAGAGCAAGAGCAGGCCUACACAAUGCUCGAAACCAUAGAAAGCGAUAGUGAAGAAGACGAUGCUGAAAUUGAUGAUGCUUCUUCGUCCUCUAAUGAAAACUAUGAUCCAGACAAUGCUGCUUUCUCCCAAAGCAGAGAAUUUGAUGCUGGUGAUUUCAGGUUUCUUGAGGACGAAGAAAUUGGCAGCAGCAGCAGCAGCAGUAGCGACCAAGAAAUGGAUGAUUUGGACGUGGAUGAACUAACUUAUGAGGAAUUGUUAGCACUUGGAGAGUUCAUAGGGGAAGAAAAAAGAGGACUUCCCAGCAGUGAGAUUUCUACAUGUUUGCAUCCCUACACCUGCAAAUUAGCGGUCGAUCAGAGCGAGACUAGCAUCGAUCGAUGCGUGGUUUGUCAGAUCGAAUAUGAAGAUGGUGAAUCAUUAGCUGCAUUGUCCUGUGAACACCCUUAUCAUUGGGAGUGUAUAAGCCAAUGGCUUCAGAUUAAAAAGAGUUGCCCUAUUUGCAGCACAGAAGUUUCAUCACCAUCCUCAUCAUCCAAGACCAAGAAUUUAUAAAUAAUUAGGGUUAUGCAUUUCAUUUUAUUUUAUGGGUUUGAUUGCAAAGUGUAAAUGUACAAAAUUUGUGUUUCAGUUAUAGGUAAUUAGUUGGAAUUUGGUAAUGAAUGGUGUAAUUAGUUGGAAUUUGGUAAUGAAUGAAGAAAUAAAAGACCAUAGGAUAUCCUUUAUCA